AUGGCUUCACGCAAGAAGGUUUUAUUGAAGGUUAUUAUCCUCGGCGAUAGCGGUGUAGGAAAGACGAGUUUGAUGAACCAAUAUGUCAACAAGAAAUUCAGUGCAAGCUACAAGGCGACUAUUGGGGCGGAUUUCUUGACAAAGGAAGUCCUGGUCGAUGAUCGAUUAGUUACUAUGCAGCUUUGGGAUACAGCAGGUCAGGAGCGUUUCCAAUCGUUAGGGGUCGCAUUCUACAGAGGAGCGGAUUGCUGUGUCCUUGUCUACGACGUGAACAAUUCAAAGAGUUUUGAUACAUUGGAUAGUUGGAGGGAUGAAUUCCUGAUCCAGGCCUCGCCCAGAGAUCCAGAAAGCUUUCCGUUUGUCGUUCUAGGCAACAAAAUUGAUGUCGAAGAGAACAAGAGAGUGAUUUCCUCAAAACGGGCUAUGACUUUCUGUACUUCAAAGGGCAAUAUUCCAUACUUCGAAACAAGUGCAAAAGAGGCCAUCAAUGUUGAGCAAGCCUUUGAAGUAAUUGCAAGAAACGCCCUAGCACAGGAGGAAUCGGAGGAAUACAACGGAGAUUACUCAGAUCCAAUCAACAUCCACAUCGAGAACGAUAGAGAUGGUUGUGCCUGCUAA